GGGUGGCUGUCGACCUCCAUCUUGGGUGAGCCGCAGGAGAAUUUCAUCCAGGAAGUCAGCGAUCACAGCUUGCUCAUGACUGAACUGGCGAGCCUGCGUCCGAUACCGCGGGACGCUGGCCACCUGGCGCUGAUUGCGCCUGCGGUGCGCAAGCAUGCGAAGUUCAAGGAAUAUCUGCAGGCUUACGUCAACGCGUUCCCGCUGCAGGACACGGCAGCGAAGGACAUUCAGAAGUUUCUCUUGUGCAACCACGGCCGCUCCCAGGAGUGUCUGGCGAUGAUCUUUCGACAGAGGGGCCGCUCAGUUAAUCGCAAUUGGCGCAGGCUGGCCACCACGUUGAUGGCCAACCAUCCUUGGACGAGAGACUUCAUCUCGAUUGCGGAGGGUCAGGUCCGCAUCGUCGACCACGCCGACUUCCAGAUGGAGUUCGACUUUGCCCAACAGUGGGCCGGCGCGCGCCGCCGUCGAGCGCUUGAGCGCCCCGAGGCGACCGAGACCAACGCUGACUUGCGAAAGCGGCUUCAGGGCCAGAAGCGGGCCCAUCGGCGUCGAACUAAGCUGUGGGCCCCCACCGGGUCCCGCAAGUACACCAUUGGGAUCGCGAAGGAAGACGGGGAGGUGACGGUAACCCUCGAGGAGACCAAUGUGGGCCCAGCGUGCUUUUAG